CAGUGCCUGUUUAAAUGUCACUUACGAGCUAAACACACAGAGUCCAAUAACUUUACAGGCGCUCAGUCCCUACAGAGCAUAGUGUACCGUGUUCGGCCCGUGUACAGCAGCUGCUUAAAAACACACACUCAGGCAGCGGAAAAAUCAAGACCAGUUAGGGCGAGCUGGUCACGAAAGAGUGAAAAAAACGAAAGUUUGUUAGUAUUUUGUCAGGACCCAAAGAUGGCAGCUAUCGUCUAUCCGAGCAUGCCAUUACUGCUGUGUUUGGGUUUCUUACUGCCAACAGUCCUUCACUGUGAUGCAGCCAGCAAAGGCGUGACAGUUAGUCUGAAAACAAAAUGGCCCAUGACUCCACUUCUUCUUGAAACAAGUGAAUUUAUUGCACAAGAAGGAAAUGAAAUGUUUUGGCAGUUUGUGGAUACUGUGAGAGAGAUAACAAUUUAUAAAAAAGAUGACUCAGAACAAGCUUAUUACAAUUUAAUUCUGAAGAAAGCUGGACAGUUCAUAACAGACCUCCAAAUUAAUCUGCUGAAGUUUGCCCUUUCCUUGAGAGUCUUCUCUCCCACUGUGCAGAAAUUCCAACAGAUGGCUGCUGAUGAACCACCUCCCGAAAGCUGCAGUGCCUUUAUAUCAGUUCAUGGGAAGCUCACAUGUAGCCUGAAUGAAAUCAAGAAACUUUUGAAGAAAGCAGCUUCCAGGCCACGGCCUUAUUUAUUUCAGAGUGACCACAGAUUUCCAGGUUUCAACCACGAUAAUCUGCCAGUUGUCAUCCUUUAUGGAGAACUUGGUACAAGUGCCUUUAAUGCUUUUCAUAAGAUAUUGUCUGAGAAAUCUGGCAAAGGGGAAAUUCUUUAUGUACUGCGUCACUACAUCGCUAAUCCCAGACUGGAAAAAAUAAACCUGUCAGGAUACGGCGUGGAACUUGCUAUUAAAGAUACUGAGUACAAAGCAGUGGAUGACUCAGAAGUAACAGGAUCACAAAUCCCAAAUGCCACCAUUCCAGAAAAUGAAGAUGAGAGUGAUGAUGUCCAAGGCUUCCUUUUCGGACAAUUAAAAAAUUCAUAUCCCUAUUUAAAGGAACAGUUGGGAGAACUCCGAAAGCACCUGAUUGAAAGUGCAAAUGAAAUGGCUCCACUGAAAGUUUGGGAACUUCAAGAUCUCAGUUUCCAGGCAGCAGCUCAUAUUACCUCAGCUCCAAAAUAUGAUGCCUUGAAGAUAAUGAGAGAUCUUAGUCAAAAUUUUCCUAUUAAAGCAAGAUCACUGACGAGAGUGGCAGUAAACACAGAACUGAGGAAGGAAAUCGAAGAAAAUCAAAAGCACCUCACAGACACUUUGGGAAUUCAGCCGGGUGAGGCAGGUUUUUUCAUCAAUGGAUAUCAGAUAGAAUUGGACGCCAGCAAUCCUUUCAGUAUUCUAGAUCACAUUAGCAGUGAAGCCAAGGUAAUGGAAGGACUUUAUGGACAUGGAUUUAAAGAAGACAAUUUAAACAAAAUGCUAAAGCAAUCUGUUUGUUCAAUAAAAGACAGUUUUGCAUUAGACAUUCGCCAUCCUGCAGUACUGUGGAUCAAUGAUAUUGAAAAGGAUUCCAUAUACAGUUCCUGGCCUUCAAGCUGUCAAGAACUUUUGCGUCCCACUUUCCCUGGAGUUAUACGACAAAUUAGGCGCAACUUUUUCAAUCUGGUACUUUUUAUCAAUCCUGCUCAGGAACACACUAAUGAAUUGCUUGAACUGGCUCAGCGAUUCUUGAAGCACAGUGUACCUCUUAGGAUUGGCCUUGUGUUCAUAAUCAACAGUUCAGAUAAUACAGAUGGCCAUAAAGAUGUUGGAGUUGCACUUUUCCGAAUCAUCAAUUACCUGACUGAGGAGUAUGACUCCUCACUGGCUCUUUCCUUCAUGUUUUCUGUAUAUUCUGGUCUAAAAAGUGGAGAGGUAUUAACUAUUGAUAAAUUGAUUAAAUUCCUAAACAAAAAAUAUCCUCGUGCAAAUGUUGAUACAAUCAUUGGAUUUGAUUCACCCUAUGAUAACAAUAGGAAGGAUGGAGGAGACUUUUAUAAGAAGAGUGGGUUGGGUCCACUGCCACAGAUUCUUUUCAAUGGUUUGCCAUUCAUUCAGAAGGCAUUGAAUCCUGAUGAUCUAGAAAUUGUUACCAUGCAGCAUAUCAUGGAUUCAACUAAUUUCAUUCAGAAGGCUGUACUUACGGGUGAGAUGACUGAUGAGAUGGAUGCACUACAAUUCCUCAUGGAGCAGUCAAACGUUGUUUCAAGAAUGAAUCCACUUAUUCUGAGUUCUAAAAAAGAAUAUCUUGAUCUAACAUCAAAACCUGCUUUAGAGGAUUGGCAAGAUUUUGUUACUUUCUCCUUCUUGGACUCCAGAGAUAAGAGUGCUGUCGUUAUGGAAAGUAUGAAGUAUUUAACCAAUAAUGAUAAAGAUAUAAUUUAUGCGGUGACCAUCUGGAUUAUUGCUGAUUUUGACAAGCCAUCUGGGAGAAGACUGCUGUCUAAUGCAUUGAAACACAUGCCUUUCCUGGACAGAUUUUCAAAAAAAAGCACCAAUAUUCGAAUAGGACUGCUGAAUAAUCCCGAGCCUAAAGGGUUGUCUGAUGAUAAUACUGUAGUAGCCCGAGCCACAUGGUCUGCUAUCCUCACACAGAAACAACAGAUGGUAGUAAACUUCAUACAGAAGCUGAUCAAGGAGGAAACUCAACAACGUCUUCAUCAAGGAACAAAAAUGAAGGAUUUGGUUGUUCAGGGAAUGGACAGCAACUCCUUUGAGAAGACGUUUAACACAUUGGGAGUGGAUUUCAUUAAAUCUCAGCAGUUGUUUUGCCGAGAUGUUUUACAUUUACUUCCUGGUCAAAUGGCAAUCGUGACUAAUGGCAGGAUCUUGGGACCUUUGAAUGAAAAUAAGGAUUUUGACCCUGAAGAUUUUCACCUCUUGGAAAAGGUAUCCUUUGAUGGUUCUGCAGAGAACAUCAGACUAAGAGUAAAGCAGAUGGGAAUUAAAGGAAAACAAGCCAGUGAUUUGGUCAUGAAAGUUGAUGCACUUCUAACAUCCUUACCCCGGGAAAAUACCAGAAGGGAUAUCCAAUUUAUCAGAAAUAAGCUAAGUGUGAUACAUCAGGCACCACGGGAAGAUGAGGUUUAUUUUGAUGUCAUUGUGAUUGUUGACCCGCUUACCAGGCAAGCACAAAAAGUGGCACACUUGUUAAUUGUACUUGGUCAAGUGAUCAAUAUGAAACUGCAGGUUUUUAUGAACUGCAAGUCCAAGCUUUCUGAGAUGCCACUAAAGAGCUUUUACCGUUUAGUUUUGGAACCUGAUAUUAUAUUCCAUGCUAACAAAGGCAUUUCAGCAGGGCCUGUGGCACAUUUUAUUGGACUGCCGGAAGCUCCCUUAUUGACUCUGAAUAUGAUUACCCCUGAAAACUGGUUAGUUGAAGCAGUUCGAAGCUCAUAUGACCUUGAUAACAUUCACUUAAAAGAGAUAGAUGGUCUUGUGAGAGCAGAGUAUGAACUAGGGCAUCUGUUGCUUGAAGGACACUGCUUUGAUGCAACAAAUGGGCAGCCUCCCCGAGGGCUACAGUUUACCCUCGGUCUGAAAAGUAACCUACUUAUUCAAGAUACCAUUGUAAUGGCAAAUCUGGGUUACUUUCAGCUGAAAGCCAACCCAGGAGCAUGGAUGUUAAAGUUACGUAAAGGAAGAUCAGAAGAUCUCUAUCAGAUAGUUUUAUGUGAUGGAGCUGACUUGCCACCCAAUGCUGACAAUGUGAUUGUGGUGCUGGAAAACUUCUUGAGCAAAAUAAUCAAAGUACAGGUACACAAAAAGACUCACAAAAUUGGUGAGGAACUACAUGGUGAUGAAAGUGAGGAACAAAUAACAAGCUUUGAAGAAGAAUCAGAUAAUUUGGAGAAGAAAAAUGCAGAUGUUCUGAAUGUCUUCUCAGUAGCAUCUGGACACCUUUAUGAGCGGUUCUUAAGAAUAAUGAUGCUUUCUGUUUUGCGGCACACCAAAACCCCUGUGAAAUUCUGGUUUUUAAAAAACUACCUCUCCCCAACGUUUAAGGAGACGAUUCCUCACAUGGCCCAGGCAUAUGGCUUCCAGUAUGAAUUAGUGCAAUAUAUGUGGCCCCACUGGCUUCACCAGCAAACAGAGAAGCAACGAAUCAUCUGGGGGUACAAGAUUCUUUUUCUAGAUGUGCUCUUCCCACUAGCUGUGGAUAAAAUCAUCUUUGUGGAUGCUGACCAGAUAGUGAAAGCCGAUUUGAAGGAGCUGAGGGAUUUCAAUCUGAGUGGAGCCCCUUAUGGUUACACACCUUUCUGUGACAGCCGAAAAGAAAUGGAUGGCUAUCGCUUUUGGAAAUCUGGAUACUGGGCAUCGCAUUUAGGAAAAAGGAAAUACCAUAUUAGUGCUUUAUAUGUUGUUGACCUUAAGAAAUUCAGGAAGAUUGCUGCUGGAGACAGGCUCCGGGGUCAGUAUCAGGCCUUAAGUCAAGACCCAAACAGUUUAUCUAAUCUGGAUCAGGAUCUUCCCAAUAACAUGAUCCAUCAGGUUGCCAUCAAGUCUCUACCUCAAGAAUGGCUGUGGUGUGAGACCUGGUGUGAUGAUCAUUCCAAAACAAAAGCAAAAACUAUAGAUUUGUGCAACAACCCAAAAACAAAAGAACCAAAGCUGAAGGCGGCCAUGCGUAUCGUGCCAGAAUGGACAGAGUAUGAUGAAGAAAUCAAGCAGUUGCUGAAGCAGGCUGAAGGGCAGAAGAAACGUGCAAAAUCAAAAUCCAAGAAAAAUGUCUCCCAUGAUGAACUUUAGCAGUUUGAAAUGUCGAACGAGACAUCUGGAAUGGUGGACUGCGCCACUGCUGCUUUUACAGAUUACCGCUGGCAAGUUUGCAGGAUACAAAGGGAAAAGAUCAUUUGGAUGAUGAUAGUCGUUCUUUUGUAAUUUAUUUAUUUUUAUGUUAUGCCUAUUGUUUUCUUUAUGUAUACCAUAAAACAUUCCAAAUAUGAGCCCUUAGCUCUGGCCAGUUCAGUACGUUUCCCUUGAUAAAGUGUCAGUUUCUAAUAUUUGCCUCAAUAAAAACUCCAGGAUAAUGGAUGAUUUUUGUACCACAUAGAA